AUGUCCAGGCUGGACGAGUUUUCCGAACUUAUGGCAGCUGAGUCGUAUUCGUUUCUAUGGUUGUAUGAUUCAUCAACUGAACGGAUUUUUUCAAACACGGAACGAUCGUUGGUCUCUUUAGAUGGCACACUGUAUUUUUCUUAUGUCACGAAAGACGAUGAAACGAGCUAUGCUUGCUCGUUGUCGUUGUCGUCCACUCAGUCCGGUCAUUAUGGUCCGUUCUUUCAACUUAACGUGCCCCACUCCCAGGAUAUCCCAUUCGCCCCUCGAAUCGACUCAGCUCAACCACAGGUCUUUCCCGAAUCGCCAACUGUUGGCGGAACCGUAUAUCUGGAGUGUUUCGCCUAUGGAAAUCCGAUACCGAUCUACAAAUGGACGCGUGUGGAUGGGAGACGAGUGAACAAAAAAGCAGUGCUGAUGCAUUAUGGACGAGUUUUACGAAUAGACCACGCUGAAGUGACUGAUGCCGGCCGAUACAAGUGUUCAGCUGGAAAUUCGCUUGGUGUGGCUGCAAGGGAAGUCACCCUGACCCUAAAAACUCCUCCUACGAUCAUCAUUCCACUUUCGGAUCGUCUGGUCGCUUCGUCAUAUGAAUUCACUCUGGAAUGUCCCCUUCCUACUAUGGAUUCACACUCUUCUGUGGAAUGGUUCAAGGUAAUUUUACUACUUGAAGAAAAGGCUGGGGUUCAUUAUGAAUUCAACGGAAUGAAAUCAAAGAAAGUUUAUACGAAUCAGGAUUAG